GGCAACGGGAAGGCGAUAAUUUCCACGCGUGUGCCAGGGCCGCGCGCGCCGCGGAAGACUCGGACGCGUAGGAUCGACGGCAGCGAGCCGGGCGGUCCAAACAAACAAGCACGAGAGAAAACCCGGAGAAAAAGCGACGCGCUCGUCGACUCGACCACGUUCGCGUCGUCGUUCCGUCUGUCCGUCUCUCCGUCGUUCCGUCUGUCGUUCCGUCUGUCCGUCUGUCCGUCGUUCCGUCUGUCCGCGUCCUCGCUGCAGCGAGAGGGCGCGCGGCGGUCCGAGGCACCGGAGGAGCGCGCGAGACGGCCCCGCGGUGAAACUUUCGGCGGCGCGAGAAGUCGACGCCGACUCUUGACGCCACGGUGGUGUCAGUUACGCGCUUAAUACAUUUGAUCAUUAUUAUAAUUAUUCUUAUUGGUUAAAAAAAAAAGAUUUACCAACUGCAAUUAUUAUUGUUUUUCAUUAGUUUAAUCACCGGCAAUAAUUUUUUUUACAUUUUUUUGUUACACAAACGGAAAUUAUUAUUGUUGUUGUUGUUUUUCAUUUGUUUACCGACGGCAAAUUUUUUGUUGUUUUACAAUCGGCAAUCAACGUCGGCCGCGAUGCACGCGAGGGCCGCCCCCACGUCCAGCAUGGUGGUGACUCCCCACAGCAUCCCCCAGUUCUUCAUCCCGCACGCAGCGAACACAGCAGCAGCGGCAAGCGAGCAGCGGUCCGAGAAGCCGCGCGAACACCCCAACCCCGAGCGCACCAGAAGAGCCGUCGCCCUCUCCUCCUCCCCCGCCUCUUCCACCCACGACCUCCAGGGCACCCGGCUCACCGACAAGGCGGAGGCCACCGGCCACGACUGGGCCUCCUCCGCGAGCGCCCUCGCGCCCCUCGACGUCACGGAGGCCACGUCCCCGCUCCCGCACCUGCCCCGCAUCACCACUCCCUACGGCUUCCAGACGCUGGCGCACAGCCCCAACACGCGGCGCAAGGAGUCGUUGUUUUUCGAGCCGGGCGGCGGCGGCGGCGGCUCCUCUCCCGGUGCAGCGGACGCAGCCCUCCUCCUGCGGUCCAUGACGCUGCUGCGCGCCGGUGGCUCCCGCGCGCGCAGCCGCUCCGCGAGCCCUCGCCCGUCCGCCUCGAGGCGCGCUCCCGGUACGGGCGGGGCAGCCGGCGGCGGCGGCGGCGGUGGUCACCUCCGGGAGGAGCCGGCGUCGCUGAGCGCGCGCGCGAUGUCGUGCGAGGUGCUGCACGGCGACGCCGCCUCCUGCGGGGUUCAUUUCGACGCCCUUGCCGGCAGCGCCGGCGGCGUGCCACUGAUCACCGUGUCCCGGCCGGACGGAGGCCCCCAGGUGGCGGGGCCCGAGGCAAAGAAAGGCGCUGGGAAGCUUCACCUGCGGGGAAUCAUCCGCAGGCACAUCCCCGGGCUGAGGCUCUCCAGGUCGCCGGGCUCGUUCAAGGCGUCGCCCUCCGCCACCGGUAACGCAUGAACGUCAAAGAAGUCACCGUGGCCAAAGGCGUUGAUGCCGCCGCCACCACCACCACCAAUUGCCACCACCACCACCAAUUGCCACCACCACCACCAAUUGCCACCACCACCACCAAUUGCCACCACCGCAUCUCAUCGCCAACCGCGUUCGGCCCUCUGCUGCUCCACCAAAGGGGGACAGGGCAGCGACCUCCGACAUCUGCCCCGAGAGUGUCAUCCCACCAUCUGGCGUGAGCAGUCGACGUGCAAUAAAGAACGUGGUUUUAUUGUCACGACUGCCGCUGCGAUGGCUGCUUAUUGAUUCGUCAAUAAUCGAUCAGUUCGAGCGACUGAAGGCGUUCUAUUGACACAAAACGACCGUAGCUUGCGCAGUGUUUUCUUUGUCAACGACGAUUUCAAAUGUAAACGCGGGCCUCGGAUGCACACUCGUUUUAGGAGCGGGUGGGAAGCAUUGCGUGUUAAGGAAAAUGUAAGGACAACUCAGUUCUGUCUCUCCACGUGCAGAUUAAAUAUGUUAUAGUCUAUCGCCCUACCUGUACAGGAUAUGACUGUCCAGAGCAAUAUUGUCCGGCUGCAUUUGCUUAAACAGAGAAAGUCUGAACCGUUUUGACAGUCAGCCUUGUUUCAACAAAGCCUGUUUCAACAAGCCCGACUUCUGCUGAUGAGACCCAGAAGAUUGAAACCGGCCCAGAGUUUUGCUUGCUUAAAUAAAUCCUGCCGGGUAAUAUUGGCCCGGAUCACCAAUACGUUGGCAGACUCGAGUACAGUGUUUGGAUUCGUCCUGCACUUGUUAAAAUUGUCUCAAAUGAUACUUUGCCUUUUGCUAGAGGUGAAUAAAUAUUGAUUCUUAAGCUCAUAAUUACAUGCAUCUAAACACGUCCGAAUCGAUGUUUUUUGUUCAAUAUAUUUGUUGAUGUCUGUAAUUGGUUCACGUGAUCCCUGCAGCCCCUUGUGGCCGCUACAUUUACCACAAUGUAAAGAAAAAAACCCAAUUGAUUCUUGAAUCGAAUCACAAUACUGAAUUGUGGCGAUCCAUAAUAUCGCCGAGUAGGCGAAUAAUCACGCACAUUCAGAGAGUCACAACAGUCUGAAAAUAUGAUAUUAAUGCGAUGCACAGAAUAUAAUAAUUAUUACAAUGUACAGUGUCAGUCAUGGGGGUUGUUUGACCAUACUUCAUCACGCUGGCCAGAGCGGGUUGGUGAAGGGAGUGUGAGAAGGGCUCGGUAUUGCUCGCCACUGAUGGUGGCCGUGGCUGGGAAUUUAACUCGGGUCACGCGGUUCACACCGCAGUGCGCUGCGUUCAAACCACCCCGCACAAAAUACAAUUCUUGAAACGUAUCCAUGACAUUCCGAGAAUUCUGUGUACCGCAUGAGACGCAAAUUGUUCUCUUGGUUAAACAUUUCAAUCGCCAACCAGGACUAUUAUUGUUAUUCUCCGUACAUUCAGUUCGCCCUAGAACGUCUCCCGCCUUAGAUCUUUUGCCCGCGAGUGCAUCGUGCGUUGGAGAUAAUAUUGAAGAAAAAAUGUGAUCCAUUUCCCCCAAAUGUAAUGUCGAUUGCGCUGUUGGAAUCGCAUCACGAGACGAUGAGAGCCCAUUCGGAUCUCUCGCGGAACACUGCAACCCUUCGUUUAAGAAAACGGCCCACGGAAAUGGCUAUCACAGAGCUACCUCUGAGAUCUCCUUUCAGGGCCCUCAGGUUCGCACAGUAGGCGGCGGCACUUUCCCACCCGCUCCGAAAUGCGAGGGUGAUGUGCGUCGCGUUGCAGUCAAACCGAUAUUUGGAACUCAAAUAAAAUGCGGAACCGAA